AUGUCUUCUACAAAGUUCCAGAGCUCUUUAUAUAUCACCCACGUUACCACCGCCACGGCAAUCCUAGAGAUUGAUGGUGUCAACCUGCUGACCGACCCUGUCUUCUCCCCGGGAGGCACGAAGUUCGAUGUCACCCAUUUACUUCCCAAAGAUGCACCUCAGUCAUUUCUUAUCCUCGAUGACGACCCUGCCCUAAGACUGGACCAGCUUCCGCCCAUUGACGGGAUCCUCCUUAGCCACGAAGACCACGACGACAAUCUCGACAUAGAAGGACGCCGUCUGCUCGAUGGUCGAUACGUCAUUACCACAAUCGACGGUGCAAAGAACCUUGCAUCACGGCCGGGCGUUGCUGGAAUCAAGCCGUGGGAGACCCAGGUAUACCACUUCCGCGGUAUCGAGUUCCAAAUAACCGGAACGCCCUGCGUGCAUAUCCCGGGCGGCGAGUCGACUGGCUUCAUUCUCCAUUCUACACGCUUCGGCCGUAGUCCCGAUGGACGACCCAAUGCCAUUUGGUUCUCUGGAGACACGAUCUACAUCGACGAGCUCGUCAAGAUGCGCGACUCUUUCCAUAUCGCUGCUGCUGUCAUGAAUCUUGGUGCAGCACAUGUGACUUUGCCAGGCCAAGAGCCAAUGCAGAUUACCAUGGGCGGAGAAGACGCUGCAAGACUAGUGCGAGAAAUCGGGAUUGAACGUCUUGUUCCCAUGCAUUUCGAAUCCUGGCAUCAUUUCACCCAAUUUGGCAAGGAUCUCAAGGGAAUUUUUGAGAAGGAGGGUAUCAUGGACAAAGUUUACUGGUUGGAGCCUGGUCAGAAGAAAAAGAUUAUUUGA